AUGACAGACACAUGUACUAUAUGUAAUACAAAGACCGGCGUUGUAAAAUGUCAAGGAUGUCAAGUCAUAUUUUGUAGUAACGAUUACAAUUUACAUCGAAUUGAACUUGAUCAACAGCUUGAUGGAUUUGCAAAUGAAAUAAAUACAUUUCGGGGCAUGUCAAGCGAGACAAGUACUGGCUUGAAAUCGCUUCUCAUUGAUCAAAUUGAUACUUGGGAGAUGAAAUCAAUUCAAAAGAUAAAAGAAACAGCGGAAGAAGCACGUCAGCAAGUUCAAACAUUUAUUUCCUCGAUAAAUGAAGAAAAUGCAAUAUAUACUCGUGAAAUAACUGAACAGUUACAACGAACUCAACAAAAUCAUGAUUUCGAUGAACGAGAUUUGAUAAAAUGGAAAGCAAGACUCGAUGAACUCACACUAAGUAUUACAAAACCAAAUAUAUCUGUUGAUGAGCAACCAUCAGAGAAUCCUUUCAUAACGAAAAUUUUUGUCAACGAAAAAGAUCACUUUGAACAAACUUGUGGACUUGUAUGUAUUGAAGAAGACGGUCAUCUAGCUCGUCACAAGUUUAAUCUGUUCGGAGGCUGUGGUGAAAUUCGUGGAAAAAGACAAUAUAGUAUUGGUAUUCAUCGAAUUCGAUUCAAAAUUGAGCAGCUUGAUGUACAGCCAUGGUGGUUUCUUGGGAUUAUCUCAAAAUCAACACCUAUGCAACAAAAUUCUCAAAAUUCAACUUCAGCAUAUGGUUGGGCUGGUCAUAAUGAAGUAUACAUGAAUGGACAGUGUUUAAAGAAUAUGAAUGGAUAUAUCAGCGAGUAUUCAAAAGGAGAUAUAAUUGAACUUAUCCUUGACUGUGAUCAUCGUCUAAUACGCAUGAUUAAUAUUCAUUCAACGAAGUCAUAUGAAAUAAACGUUGAUCUUACACACUGUCCUUUUCCUUGGAUGAUUCAUUUAAAUUUAUUUCAUAUGCAAACUCGUAUAAGAAUCAAUCCAUAA